CUUCCAAUCCUGUAAAGAAGCAACUGCCCCGUGAUUAACUCCUGAUCUAGUUUUGAUUAAGGAUUAUUGUUUGAGUUGCUGAAGAUGUCAUCAGGCCUUACAGAGGAGCAAAAGAGAAGAAUUGAAGAGAACCGCCAGAAGGCCUUGGCUAGGAGAGCAGAGAGACUAGCAGCUCAGAAGGGAGAGCAGGUGGGGAGCACAGGACCUCAGCUGAAAGAGCACAGUCUGAGCAAUCAUGGAAACUUGAAGCAAGAAAAUGAUCAUGUCAGGUUCAUUAGCCAGCACCAGUGGAAUCCAAACUGUCCUGUGGAGCAGAAGAGCCAUCUUCAUAAAGAUGAUAGUCAUUACACUGCAAAGCAACAGAUGGCUGGUUCAUCCAGAGAGCAACAAAAGAAUUGCUCAGAGGACUCGGAACAAGCGAGCAGUGUUAAACAAUUCCCUACAACGAUCCCAAAUUCUCGAAGUUGUUCCCAUCAGUCUAACUCAGAUGCUGAUGGCCAGAAACAUGGUCAACAAGCUUUAAUUAAUCUUGGUUCAUUCCAGCAAUCCAAAUACUGUCCAUCUUUCAAAAACCCUACAGAGCCAUCUCAGACUAGAUUAACUGAUAACUGGCACCCUGAUGAUAUUAAAGAUUUACAAAGUCAGAACAAAUCUGCCAUUAAAUGUGUUUUACCACCAAGCAGUGCCACCCCAAGUGGUUCAGAAAUGCUGGUAAACACGGGCAGAGCAGCAAGGGAGCAGGGAUGUGGUGCCUCUCAGGCCAGUGGUAAGUUUCAGAAGCUGACCAGCUCUGCCAGUGCUUGCUCUGCACCUGAAGCUGCCUCUCACAAGAAGGCACACAGUGUUACAAAAGGAAAAUGUGUAAAGUAUGGGGAAGACCGAUUCCAGGUUGAAAUAGGGUAUAAUGCUGAACUCAUUGGUGUGUUCAAGAAGAUGCCAAGCAAAAACUAUGAUCCUACUAUGAAAAAGUGGAAUUUCAGCCUGGAUGAUUACAGCAGUUUCAUUGAAGCAGCGAAUCAACUUUCCUCAGUAAUUUUGGUACCAUUAGAAGGAGAAAAUGCUGGGGACUUGGUGUCAAGCUCUCAUUUCAUCAGCAGUGGGGCCGUUAUGAAAUCCCUUUUGAAGAUAUGCAACAACUGGAAGAAACCCUCAGCCCUUGUCAAAGGAAAAUGUGUGCUGAUCUCCCGUUCCCGGUUUGAGGUUGAUAUUGGGUAUUCUGCAGAAGUGAUUGGAGUGUUCAAACAGAUGAAUUCCAGAAAUUAUGAUAUGAAGACCAGAAAAUGGAGUUUCCUGCUGGAGGACUAUCCCAAACUAAUGGAAGUGGUGCAGAGCCUGGCGUCAGCAGAGGUGGAGCCACUGCCCAGGGCAGUAAUACAGACUUUCGCUACUCAAAUAGAGAGAUCCACGUCGCAGAUGAUGGACGUUCCUGAUGCCGACCUUUCAAAAGUGGACUCCAAAAUUGUGACGAGCCUCAUGCCCUUUCAGCGGGAAGGUGUGAAUUUUGCAAUUCUAAGAAAUGGACGUUUGCUUCUUGCAGAUGACAUGGGCUUGGGCAAGACUAUCCAGGCGAUCUGCAUUGCUGCCUAUUACAGAAAGGAAUGGCCCUUGCUCGUGGUGACUCCUUCCUCUGUGAGGUUUACGUGGGCAGAGGCAUUUCACAGGUGGCUUCCAUCUUUGAGGCCAGGUAGCACCAACGUCAUAGUGUCUGGCAAAGACAACCUAACAGCAAGCUUGAUUAACAUUGUCAGCUUUGACCUCCUCAGCAAGAUGGACAAGCAGCUCAAAGACACUUUCCAAGUAGUUAUUAUUGAUGAAUCUCAUUUCCUAAAGAACGUAAAAACUGCACGAUGCCGAGCUGCCAUGCCUCUUCUAAAGGCUGCCAGGAGGGUGAUUUUGCUGUCGGGAACCCCUGCCAUGUCGCGGCCCGCGGAGCUCUACACGCAGAUCGUGGCUGUGCAGCCCGCCUUCUUCCCGCAGUUCCACUCCUUCGGCCUCCGCUACUGUGAUGCCAAGAAGAUGCCAUGGGGUUGGGACUACUCUGGAUCAUCCAACUUAACUGAACUGAAGAUUUUGCUGGAAGAGUCCGUCAUGAUGCGGCGCCUGAAGUCAGACGUGCUCUCCCAGCUCCCAGCCAAGCAGCGCAAAAUGGUGGUGGUGGCUCCCGAGGGCAUGAACGCAAAAACCAAAGCUGUCCUGGCAGACGCAGCAAAGAGGAUGGCCAAAGGGUAUGAAAGUAAACAACAGGAAAAAGAAGCUCUUCUCCUCUUCUACAACAGAACAGCAGAAGCUAAAAUCCACUCAGUCGUAGAAUACAUUCUGGAGUUACUGGAGAGUGGGAAAGAUAAAUUCCUAGUGUUUGCUCAUCACAAGAUAGUGCUGGAUGCAAUAGUUGCAGAACUGGAGAAGAAACACAUUGAAUACAUUCGCAUCGAUGGCUCCACGCCUUCAGCUGAGCGGCAGUCCCUGUGCCAGAGGUUCCAGUUCUCAGAGAAGCAGAUUGUGGCCGUCCUGUCCCUCACUGCUGCCAACAUGGGCCUGACGCUGUCUGCUGCCGACCUGGUGGUGUUUGCAGAGCUCUUCUGGAACCCAGGGAUUUUGAUCCAAGCAGAAGAUCGGGCUCAUCGAAUUGGACAGACCAGCUCUGUUAAUAUUCACUACCUGGUGGCUAAAGGCACAGCAGAUGACUUCUUAUGGCCAAUGAUUCAAGAGAAAAUAAAAGUCUUGGGUGAAGCUGGUCUUUCUGAAGCCAAUUUCUCUGAAACAGCUGAAUCCACUGAUUACUACCCUAAGUCAGAUCCAAAGCAGAAGACCAUCUAUGACCUUUUCAAGAGGACCUUCUCUGAGAACAGAGAUGACGCUGAUGCAGCUUCGCUUUUGGAGGCAGCUGAUGCUUGCUUUGACUUUGAUCCUGAAAGUGCCUUACAGAAUAAGGAAGGAGAGAGAUGCUCAGCGAGUCCGCCCAAAAAACGGCGUAUUGAGGACUUUUUUUAAAGUUUAACAGUGGCAACAAAAGAAAAGGCAGAUAAGAUAGGUUAUUUUUAUUUAAAGACAGGCAAGGGAA